AGCUCAUAUAAAGUUGUCUCGUUCGUGUGUGAAAAUAUAUUUUCACAACAGGCGGCCAUCUUUAAUUUAGAAAUAAUUUAAUAGAAAAACGUGUGAAAUAACCAAUUUAAAUAUAUUGCAACGCGAAGCAAAACUGCAGCAGGUUCGAUAACUGUAAGGAUCAACGGCAAUCCACAACAACAUUUGGGUAACGGCAACAACGUAAAGGGAAACAUGGCAUUCCGUGGUAACCAGAAUCGUAACCGUAACUUUGGCGGUAACAACCAAUACGGCGGCCCAAUGGGCUCCAAUCGCAUGGGCAACAUGAACAUGUCACCCUGGGAGUCGCAGAAUCCCGGCGGUGGUCAAUUCGGCAACAACAUGCGCCAAGGUGGCGGCCAGAUGAACGCCCAGGCCAUCAACUUGGCCAACAAUUUGCUGAACAACCUGUUCAGAAACCAGAAUCCACCAUCUCUGUUGGAUCUGCCACGCGGUGGCAUGGGAAAUCGUAAUCAACGCGGCGGACCGAUGGUCAAUCGCGGUGGCGGUGCCGGCAAUCGUCUCAAUAAUCGUCGUGGCCAAGGAGGUUUCCAAAAUCGUGGCGUUACUAGUGGUCCCAAGCCCCCCCAAAAGCAGGGCGCCGGCGGCAUUCGUAAGCAGAAUGCUUUUGAUCGUGCCAAGAAACUUUUGGCUAAAAAUGCCAACACUAAUAAAAAGAAGGAAAUUACUCCUGGCGAAAAAAAAAUUGAGAGUAGCAGCAUGUCCAAGGAAUCACCGUACGCCAGUGUGCCCAAUGAUAUGUUCUACUGUCAUCUGUGCAAGAAGCACAUGUGGGACGCCAACUCGUUUGAGAAUCACAUCAAGGGACGCACUCAUCUGAUGAUGCGCGAGGGCAUUGAGGAGAGCUACCGCCUCAAGGCCAACAUGAUUCGUCAGGAGGCCAAGAUCGCCGAGCAGCUCAAGUCAAUUGAGUUUGAUCGUUUGAAGCGUAUGGGCAAGAGCAAGCAGCGUCAGCUGGAUUAUUGCACCAUGUGCGAUCUGAAUUUCCAUGGACACAUUUCGACUCAUCGUAAGUCCGAGGGUCAUUUGCAGCUGAAGAAGUUUUUGCAUCCCAAGUGUGUGGAAUGCAACAAGGAGUUUGCAACACGUAUCGAUUAUGACACUCAUUUGCUGUCCGCUGAUCAUCUGAAGAAGGCGGCUGAGAACAACACUAAGGUCGGCGAGCGCAAGCGACAGACUCUGCCCAUCAGCACCGCUGAGGAGGAGACACGCGAUCUGCGUCCACCACAGAAGCGCAAGAAGAAGCCCGUCAAGAAGGAUGGUGAGGAAUCUACCGAAGCUAAGAAGGAUACUGAGGAUGGCGCCGAAGGCGAGGAAGCUGAGGCCGAUGAGACUAAGGAGGGUGAAGAAGCCGCCGACGAAACCAAGGAGGGUGAAGAUCUCAAUGAAAGCCAGGAGGAGGAGGAGGUGGCUCUGCCCGUUGAUCCCGAGGAUUGCAUCCUUGACUUUGCCGAAGGCGAUGAGAUCCCUAGUGAGGUGGACACCCGCCUGCCCAAAUACAACUGGCAGCGUCCCGUUGGACCUGCACUCAUUUCGAAGCUGGAAUGCUUUGAAUGCGCUGUCUGCAGCAAGUUCUUUGACACAGAGGUCACUGCUGAGAUUCACUCGCGCACAGCUACCCAUCAUCGCAACUUCCUCAAGUUCAUCAACGAGAAGUCUAGCGACACCAAGAUUGCACAAAAGCGCGCCGCCGCUGCCAUUGAGGAGAAUGAGCGCAAGAAGCGCAAGGUUGAGGAGUCCGAGGCACCAGCAGCUGAGGGCGCUGCCGAAGAGGCAGCUGAGGGUGGUGAGGGUGAGCUCUAUGAUCCAUCGGAAGCCACUGGCGAUGAUGAAGAUUUCGAGAUGAAUGAGAAUGCUGAGGGUGAGGAAGAGGGUGGCGACGAAGCCGCUGGCGAAGAGAAUGGUGAGGAGAUGGAGGCCCAGGAAGAGGAAGAGGAGGAAGCCGAAGCAGAACCUGAGCCGGAACCAGAGCCAGAGCCAACUCCAGUCCCAACACCUGCACCCGUCGCCCAGCCAGCAACACCAGCUAAGCCCGAGCCAGCUAAAACUCCAGCCAAGGCUGCACCAGCAACACCCGCCGCAGCCGCCGCCACACCAGCUGCCACCACUCCAGCUGCAGCUGCACCUGCAGCUGCAACAUCUACUCCUGCGGCUGCUGCUACUCCAGCCGAAGCAGCACCAUCGCCAGCAAAGAAGCCCCGCGCCGUCGCCGCUGCUGCCGCUGCAGCUGCUGGCCCCAAGGCAACGCCGCAACGCAAUCGCGCGCGUGGUCGCUACAACCGGUACUAGAGAGGGCAGCAAUACCUGGGCAUAAGACACAAUACACAAUACAAUACAAUAUAAAUAUAUAAUUAACCAUAACUUAAUGUUAUGUAAACAUUAUUACUAUUAAACAACUUUUCACACAUUUUCGAGAUCCGCAAUGCAAGAGAUUUAAUAACGGAUUCUUCGCAUCUCAAAAACAAAAACAAACAAUCUAAAAUAUUUUCUUCUUAGUGACAUUUUCACCUCAUUUUGCAUAAACUUUUUGUAAUGGACACAGACAUGAAUCAUAGAUAUGGAUAUUUGUCCAGAUAUUUUGUCUCCGAUUGCAAUCAAGACACAAAUA